AUGGACAAAUUAUUAGCUUGGUCUAUUUUACAACAAUCAGGAGAUAAAGAAGGUUUAAAAAAACUCGGAGAACCAGAUCAAGAUGCUUUAAAUAAAUUGUUUGGUGGACCAGAUGAAGCAACAUUAAUGAAAGAAAGUAUACAAGUUGCAACUAAUCCAAAAGUUGAAGAAAAAGAUAAAGUAAUAGCUUUAGAAAAUUUCGAAAUGUUAAUUGAAAAUUUAGAUAAUGCUAAUAAUAUUGGAAAUUUAGGAUUAUGGCCUGAAUUAGUUAAAUUAUUAAAUUCUGAUGUUCCAGAUGAUUUAAGAAUUAUAGUUUCUGGAAUUAUUGGAACUGCUGUACAAAAUAAUCCAAAAUCACAAGAAGAUUUUGAUAAAACUAAUGGAGGAUUGGAAAGUUUAAUUAAAAUAGCAGAAUCACCAAAAAAUCAACCAUUACAAUUAAAAUCACUUUAUGCUAUAUCUUCAUACAUUAGAAAUUAUAAACCAGGUUUUCAAGAAUUUGAAAAAUUAAAAGGUUGGAAUUUAAUAAAAUUAGAUUCUAAAGAUCAAAAAGUAGAUUUAAGAAUUUUAUCAUUAAUUUCAUCAAUUUUAAGUAAUGGUUUAGAUGAUAAUUUAGAAAAACAAUUUAAAGACAUAAAAUUAAUUCAUUAUUUAGCUUCAGUCUUGAAUUUAGAUUCAAAUACUAAUUUAGUUGAUAAAUCAUUAAAUAUAAUUUCUGAAUUACAUCGUUUAAAAUAUGAGUUUUCAUUAGAAGAAACUUAUGAAGUUGAUAGAGGUAUUCAAGUUGUUGAAGGGUUAAGUGAUAAAUUAAAUAUCGAUGAUUUGAAUGGGGCAAAAGAAGCUACUAAAAAGAAAUAG